AAAGUCUUCAAAAAAGCAAAUUAAUAAUGAAAAUACAAUUGAAUCUAAUAUAUCUUCUUUAUCAAUUAUUAAUUUGAUUGAUACUUCAACUGAAACAAUUAUUAAUACAAUUGCUUCUCAAACUGAAGUUAUAGUUAAUACAGUUGCUACUCAAACUGAAGUUAUUAUUAAUACAAUUACUACUUAA